AUGCCAGACCAGUUUGAUCAGACAGUGGUGCUUAACCAGCUGCGCUAUUCUGGGAUGUUGGAGACAGUCAGGAUUCGGAGGGCUGGCUUCCCAGUCCGGAGGCCCUUUCAAGACUUUUAUAAAAGGUAUAAAGUCCUCAUGAGAAACCUAACUCUGCCCGAAGAUGUAAAUGAGAAAUGUGCCGUCCUACUUCGUCUGUAUGACAACACCAGCACUGAAUGGCAGCUUGGAAAAAAUAAGGUUUUUCUCCGGGAGUCCUUGGAACACAAGUUGGAGAAACAGCGAGAGGUGGAAGUCACCAGGGCAGCAAUGAUUAUCCGAGCGCACAUCUUAGGUUAUGCAGCCCGAAAGCGGUACAGAAAGGUUCUCUACUGUGUGGUUGUGAUACAGAAGAACUACAGAGCAUUCUGUGGUAGGAAAAGGUUCCUGUGCCUGAAAAAAGCAGCCAUUAUCCUUCAGAAGCAGCGGCGAGGCCAGCUUGCUCGACGUGUUUACAGGGAGCGACUGGAGGAGAAGCGGAGACAAGAGGAGGAAAGAAGGAAAGAGGAGGAAGAAAGAGAAAGACAAAGGCAAGAAGCAGAGCGUCUUGCCCAGCAGGCUGAAGAAGAGAGAAAGAAGCAGGAACUGGCUGCCAUUCAGAAAGCCCAGAAGGAGGCAGAGCUGAAACAAGAGGUGGAGAAGCAGAAAGAGAGGAGGCAGGUGGAAGAAAUCCUGCGUCUGGAAAAAGAAAUCGAAGACCUGCAGCGUGUGAAGAAGCAGCAGGAGCUGUCCCAGCUUCGAGAUGAGGAACUCCGACGGCUGGAGGAUGAAGCAUGUCGAGCAGCCCAGGAGUUCCUGGAAUCUCUGAACUUUGAUGAGAUUGAUGAAUGUGUCCGAAACAUCGAGAUGUCUCUCUCUGUAGGCAAUGGGUAUCCUGCUGAGCUGACUGAACAAGCUGGAAACGCCUGCAGUGAAAAGCCCAAUUUUAACUUCAGCCAGCCAUAUCCCGAGGAGGAGGUAGAUGAGGGCUUUGAAGCUGAUGACGAUGCAUUUAAGGAUUCGCCCAACCCAAGUGAGCAUGGCCACUCUGAUCAAAGGACCAGUGGCAUCAGAACAAGUGAUGAUUCCUCAGAAGAGGAUCCCUACAUGAAUGAUACUGUUGCUAGCAACACCAUGCUCAUACCUCCUACCCACGAGACAGUCAGUCUGCACAACUCUUCAGGUGGCGAAUCCACAUACUGCAUGCCAGAAAACGUGUCUUGUAGACCCCCAGACUCUGUGGAACUUAUUUCUCCCGAUGGAGACUACGAUUACGACCAAGACGAUUAUGAAGAUGGUGCUAUCACUUCUGGUAGCAGUGUGACCUUCUCUAAUUCGCACAGUAGCCAGUGGUCACCGGACUACCGAUACUCAGUGGGGACAUACAAUAGCUCUGGAGCAUACCGCUUCAGCUCUGAAGGAGCUCAGUCUUCUUUUGAAGACAGUGAAGAAGAUUUUGACUCCAGGUUUGAUACGGAUGAUGAACUUUCCUACCGGAGGGAUUCGGUCUACAGCUGUGUCAGCCUGCCCUACUUUCACAGCUUUCUGUACAUGAAAGGUGGCUUAAUAAACACAUGGAAGCGACGCUGGUGUGUCCUGAAAGAUGAGACCUUCCUGUGGUUUCGUUCCAAGCAGGAAGCACUUAAGCAGGGUUGGCUUCACAAAAAAGGGGGUGGAUCAUCUACACUUUCCAGAAGGAACUGGAAGAAACGAUGGUUUGUUCUCAGACAGUCCAGGUUGAUGUACUUUGAAAAUGACAGCGAAGAAAAGCUAAAGGGUGCCAUUGACGUCCGAACAGCCAAAGAGAUUGUUGAUAAUACAGGAAAAGAAAAUGGUAUUGAUUUAAUAAUGGGGGAUAGGACCUACCACUUAAUUGCUGAGUCUCCCGAGGAUGCAAGCCAGUGGUUCAGCGUACUGAGUCAGGUCCACGCGUCCACAGAGCAAGAGAUCCGAGAGAUGCACGAUGAGCAGGCAAAUCCACAGAAUGCCGUGGGUACACUCGAUGUAGGACUAAUUGAUUCUGUCUGUGCUGCUGACAAUCCAGACAGGCCCAACUCGUUUGUGAUCAUCACCGCUAAUCGUGUGCUUCACUGUAACGCUGACACUCCUGAAGAGAUGCAUCACUGGAUAACGCUGCUGCAAAGGUCGAAGGGGGACACGAGAGUGGAGGGACAAGAAUUCAUUGUGAGGGGAUGGCUGCACAAGGAAGUAAAAAACAACCCCAAGAUGUCUUCAUUAAAACUGAAGAAGCGUUGGUUUGUUUUGACGCACAAUUCUCUGGACUACUACAAGAGUUCGGAGAAAAAUGCUUUGAAAUUGGGUACACUGGUCCUAAACAGCCUCUGCUCAGUGGUCCCACCUGAUGAAAAGAUCUUCAAAGAGACGGGUUAUUGGAACGUAACCGUAUACGGACGCAAACACUGUUACCGUCUCUAUACGAAGCUGCUUAACGAGGCGACCCGCUGGUCAAGCGCCAUCCAGAACGUGAUUGACACAAAAGCGCCGAUCGACACACCGACUCAGCAGCUUAUUCAGGAUAUUAAGGAAAACUGCCUGAAUGCUGAUGUGGUUGAACAGAUUUAUAAAAGGAACCCUAUUCUUCGUUACACUCAUCAUCCAUUGCACUCGCCACUGCUGCCACUGCCGUAUGGGGACAUCAAUCUGAACUUGCUGAAAGACAAAGGCUACACAACUCUGCAGGACGAAGCCAUCAAGAUAUUUAAUUCUUUACAGCAGCUGGAGUCUAUGUCUGAUCCCAUCCCUAUAAUCCAAGGUAUCCUCCAAACGGGGCACGAUUUACGCCCUCUUCGAGACGAGCUCUACUGUCAGCUCAUCAAGCAGACCAACAAGGUGCCGAACCCCGGCAGCGUGGGCAACCUGUACAGUUGGCAAAUACUCACCUGCAUGAGUUGCACGUUCCUGCCAAGUCGCAGCAUCCUCAAGUAUCUGAAGUUCCACCUCAAAAGGUGAGAAGCUUUCAACUCCUAG